AUGCUCUUGUGGGUGUUCUUUUUGGCGUUUUCCGCUGCGUUGUAUGUGGGCUGGCCCAUGAACGAACAGCUUCCCAAUGUCGCGCUUGUAGGCCUGUCCUAUCUGUUCACCUUGGCUCAAGGUACUUACGGCUCCUCUACCAAUGGUGCUGUCGCGUACGAGGCGAGCGGUCUUCCCUCAUGGCUUAAAUUUGACGGCAGCUCCAGAACGUUUUCUGGAACCCCCUCGUCGUCUGACAUCGGCACGUUCCAGAUCACGUUGCAGGGCACAGACUCGAACGACAAACUGACGCUCUCAAAUAGCUACCUGAUGCUAGUAGCCAACAGUCAGCCAAUUAAACUCAGCUCUCCGGACGUGAUGUUUACCACAAUUGCCAAGUACGGCCAGACAAAUGGCGAGGAUGGCCUUGUGGUGCGUCCUGGCCAGCAGUUCUCCAUCCAGUUCUCUAAGAAUACGUUUAAUCCGGCCGAGGCCGUGAAGGCGUACUAUGGCCGCUCGCAGGAUAGAACGCCGCUUCCCAACUGGGUCAAUUUCGACCCCGACUCGCUUACGUUCUCCGGAACGGUCCCUCAGGUAGUCUCUAGUAUAGCGCCCUCUUUCUCGUACAAUUUCUGCUUCAUUGCGGCAGACCAGCCCGGAUACGCGAGCGCCGUCGGCACCUUCAACUUGGUCGUGGGCGCGCAUCUGUUGAGCACCUCGUUCACCGAGCCGGUUAAGUUCAAUGGUACGCUAGGCUCCGCGCUCAACGAAACGGUGCCGGUGCUCUCCAGCGUGUUCUUGGACCAGCAGCCAAUCUUGCAACAGAACAUUUCGGCGGUGUACCUCCAGGAUGCGCCCUCUUUUGUCACUUUGGGCGACCAGUACAAGUUGUCGGGAACUUUCCCCAACAGCACCACCGCUGCGAACUUCAGCGUGGUGGUCAAAGAUGUAUUUGGAAACAGCGUCAAUUUGCCCUACCAGAUCUCGUCUUACGGCUCGUUGUUCACUGUAUCCUCCUUGCCGGAUGCAAACGCUACCAGAGGCCAGUUUUUCCUGCUCCAGCUCUCGAAGACGUACUUUACCGAGUACAACUCGUCCAAAAUCGACGUUUCGUCAAACUCGUCGUGGCUCAGCUACGAGAGCUCCAACAUGACGCUUUUGGGCAAUGCGCCAGGCGACUUGCUGCAAGCUCUCGUCAGUGUGAAGGCCAGCCAAGGAAACCUCAACGAUGAGCUCUCGUUUGUGAUUCGCGGCGUUGACGCCAUCACUCGUUCCUCCUCGUCAGCGCUGUCUUCUCGUACAUCCUCGUCUUCGUCAACAUCAAGCGCUUCCAGUUCCUCUUCACCUUCUAGAACAGCUCAAGCAACUGCUACUGCAACAAGCACCGCGCUGAGUGUUCCUCAAAGUGGAAAUACAAACAAGAAGAACUUGAUUAUAGGCUUGGUCACCGGUAUCGUUGGCGGGCUUCUCUUUGCUCUUCUCGGCUUGCUUUUGUUCUGUUGUUUCCGGAAAAGACACGACGACGACGACGACGAGAAGCGCUCAGCCUCUCCAACAGAGCCCGAGCUCACCGGUCCGGGUUUCGGCACCACGUAUGAUCUUGAUGACCAUAAUGAAAUCGCGCGCCAGCUCGGCGCCCUCAACGCCAUGAAGCUUGAUGCAGACAACGAGUCGGAUAUUCUGUGUGAGACCCACGUCGACUCCGAAGAAGAGAACGUGGCCUACUUGGACGAGAGAGGAAAGCCAACCAAGUCCUGGCGCGCAAACGACAUGUCUGACUCCAGCGCCGUGAAGAAGAUGCUCUUGGAACAGCACCGUCGUUCCGAUAUGUCUCUCAACACCAUCAAUACCGAGCAGCUCUUCUCGGUGAGGGUUGUCGACGACAACAACUCCAAUCGGGUCUCCCGACAAUCUAUUCUCGGGGACUUGACGAGAGACACCUCCUCUGCCAAUGUUCUUCGAUUGGACAGUGAUGGCAACAUUGCCGAGGGAACCGACCUUGUCAAGACCAGCGGAUCCAAGGACCACCUACUCAAUACCGUCGAGGAAAGCCCGAACACCACAAACCAAACACAGGCGUCCUCGAUCUAUAGUCUCAUGGCUAAACUAGACAACCACGAAGACAUGCAGCGAGAUCCCAGCUUUGGCCAAUAUUCACAGAACUCGCUUGGCGAAGCUUUCAAACAUAGCGCUCCCAAUGACAGUGACAUCAUGCACUGGAAGAAUGAAGACUAUGUGGAUGCGUCCAGCUCCAUGACGAAAACUUCGGAGAUUAAUCCUAAAUCCACAACGAAGGCCUAUUUCCCAACAGACUCUCCUUUAAACUCUCCCUUGGGAAACCUUCAUUUCGAAGAAGACAGAAAAGCAUACAAGGCGAAGCUCGUGGAUUUUACCCGAAAGGGUAGCUUGAAAGACUCGUCUCGGGAGCAGAGACAAGAGUUCUCGGCAACAGAAGGACAGAUCUUGGACGAUGAAGACUCACUUACCUAA